AUGGACGAGGACAAUCUCCCUCCCUCCCUGCCCGAGGAAGGCGGUGCUGCCCGGGACUCCAGCCUGGAGCCUGAAGAAGCACCUGGGGUCCAGCCCGAUGAGGACCUGAGCUGCAGCCUUGGCAGCCCAGGGCACAAGGAAAGAGGAUGCCUGGGGCACGUGGAGGAGCCCACAGAGAACCAGGACGGGCCCCCCCAUGGCCUCAGCCUUGACCUCUCCCUCACCAAUGGCUUAGCUCCGGGACAAGACUCAAACAUUCUGGAAGGUGGCACAGAGCCCAGGCCCUGGAGUGCUGGUGGGCUGGCGGGAGGGCACGAGGCUGACACGGAGGACCCUCAGCUGGGGCUGGGUGACCCUGGGGAGCCAGAUGUACGGGAUGGUUUCAGCGCCACGUUUGAGAAGAUUCUGGAAUCAGAGCUGCUGCGGGGCACCCAGUACAGCAGCCUCGACUCCCUGGAUGCGCUGAGCCUCACGGACGAGAGUGACAGCUGUGUCAGCUUUGAGGCCCCUCUCACACCCCUGAUCCAGCAACGGGCCCGUGACAGCCCUGAGCUGGGGGCCGGGCUGGGCAUUGGGGACAUGGGGCCCGAGGGGGACACGGGGACAGCUGGUGGUGAGGGAGAGCUGGGCAGCCCUCUGCGGCGCUCCAUCUCCUGCAGCCGCUCAGAGAACGUCCUGAGCCGCCUGUCUGUCACGGCCGUGCCCAAUGGAUUCCAUGAAGAUGGGCCCCCGGGCCCGGGCGGGGAGGAGGAGGAAGAGGAGGAGGAAGAGGAAGACACAGACAAGUUGCUGAACUCAGCCAGUGACCCCAGCCUAAAGGACGGCCUGUCGGAUUCGGACUCGGAGCUGAGCAGCUCGGAGGGGCUGGAGCCUGGUGGCACAGACCCUCUGGCCAACGGGUGCCAGGGCAUGAGCGAGGCUGCUCGCCGGCUGGCCCGCCGCCUCUUCCAUCUGGAGGGCUUCCAGCGCUGUGAUGUGGCCCGGCAGCUGGGCAAGAACAACGAUUUCAGCAGGCUGGUGGCUGGGGAAUACCUCAGUUUCUUCGACUUCUCGGGCCUGACUCUGGACCGAGCGCUCAGAACCUUCCUGAAGGCCUUCCCUCUAAUGGGAGAGACCCAAGAGCGUGAGCGGGUCCUCACACACUUCUCCCGCCGGUACUGCCAGUGCAACCCUGAUGACAGCACCUCGGAAGAUGGGAUCCACACGCUCACCUGCGCACUGAUGCUGCUCAACACAGACCUGCACGGCCACAAUAUUGGUAAGAAGAUGUCCUGCCAGCAGUUCAUUGCCAACUUGGACCAGCUGAAUGAUGGCCAAGACUUUGCCAAAGAUCUGCUGAAGUCCCUUUACAACUCUAUCAAGAAUGAAAAGCUGGAAUGGGCCAUUGAUGAGGACGAGCUGAGGAAGUCCCUGUCUGAGCUGGUGGAUGACAAGUUUGGGACAGGCACGAAGAAGGUGACACGGAUCCUGGAUGGUGGCAACCCUUUCCUGGAUGUCCCACAGGCUCUCAGCGCUACCACCUACAAGCAUGGCGUGCUCACCCGGAAGACUCACGCCGACAUGGAUGGCAAGAGGACGCCCCGUGGGAGGCGUGGCUGGAAGAAAUUCUACGCGGUGCUCAAAGGGACCAUCCUGUACUUACAGAAGGAUGAGUACAGGCCUGACAAAGCACUGUCGGAGGGCGACCUGAAGAACGCCAUUCGCGUGCACCACGCCCUGGCCACCAGGGCCUCCGACUACAGCAAGAAGUCCCACGUGCUGAAGCUGAAGACGGCCGACUGGAGGGUCUUCCUCUUCCAGGCACCGAGCAAGGAGGAAAUGCUCUCCUGGAUCCUGAGGAUCAACCUGGUGGCUGCCAUCUUCUCCGCCCCGGCCUUCCCAGCUGCCGUCAGCUCCAUGAAGAAGUUCUGCCGGCCCCUGCUGCCCUCCUGCACCACGCGCCUCUGCCAGGAGGAGCAGCUGCGGUCUCACGAGAACAAGCUGAGGCAGGUGACUGCAGAGCUGGCGGAGCACAGGGGUCACCCCGUGGAGAGGGGCGUCAAGUCCAAGGAGGCCGAGGAGUGCCGGCUGAAGGAGCACUAUCUCACAUUUGAGAAAAGCCGUUAUGAGACCUACAUCCACCUCCUGUCUGUGAAAAUCAAGGUGGGCUCGGAUGAUCUGGAGCGGAUCGAGGCCCGCCUGGCCACCCUGGAAGGGGACGACCCUGCUCUUCGGAAGACACACUCAAGCCCUGCCCUCAGCCAGGGCCACGGCCCUGUGACUGGCAGCAAAGCCACAAAGGAUGCCACUGGGCCCAAUACUUAG